ACGGUAGUGGAAAACAGGUUUGGAGGAGGAAGUCUCCGAGUGCACUCUUCAACAGGAAUGAACUCCCUCUCAUGCCGUGUGCAUCUCAGACUCUGACUACUGAACCGUCUGUUAUUCACGGGGAUACUUCUCGCUUAAGCUGGUCUUCAAAGUGUUCCUUCACGUUUUCAUCCACUACUUUGAAUCAAACAGCUUUCUAAGAUGACCUGGACAGCGAACAGUUGUUUUGUCACUCUGGCCAUCCUGUUUCUGUGGCGGGGGGAAGAGGUAGCAGAAGCCUGCAGCUGUUCCAGGUAUAACGUGCAUCCUCAGGAGAAGUUCUGCAGCUCGGACGUCGUUAUAAGGGGAAAGGUAGUUGGAGUGCAGGAGGUUGAUGCUGGCAAUGACAUCUAUGGAAACCCCAUCAAGCGUAUCAAGUAUGACAUCAAACAAAUCAAGAUGUUCAAAGGUCCCAGCGAUGAUGUUGAAGCCAUAUACACCGCUCCCACUUCUGCAGUGUGUGGAGUGACUCUGGAGAAAAAUGGCAAGGAGUAUCUCAUCACAGGCAAACUAAAAGAUGAUGGGACGAUGCAUAUCACACUGUGUGACUUCAUUCAGCCCUGGGACGAACUGAGUGAAACCCAGAAGAAGAGCCUGACUCAGCGCUAUGAAAUGGGCUGUGGAUGCAAGAUCACCCGCUGCACCUCCAUCCCCUGCAUGGUCAGCAGCCCGGUCGAGUGCCUGUGGGUGAUUGAGAAUGAGAUCUACGGAGAGCUGGCCAAACACUUAGUUUGUAUCAAGAGGAGUGAUGACUCUUGUGCCUGGUACAGCGGGUCAAGGAAUGAAUUCCUCCACUGACAGAUAGUGUCAAGAUUUCUGAGAUGAACUACAAUUAAAAUACCAAAAUACAAAUACAUGCCCAAGUAAAAUUCCUAUUUCGUUUUCUCUUCUUAAAAAGCCAUUGGGUGUGUGAGUAAAGGUGGGCGACGUCCCCGAUGACGUUAGAGGAGUUUGCGCACAGACAGUACAGACAUUAGAAAAAAAUCAGGCGGUUCCAGUUGAAGAGAAGAGAGCAUGGACCCUCAUCUAAAAUGAAUACUCGUGGAUUUUGAAUUAUGUAAGUAUAUUUAUGUACUUUAUUAACUCUGUAUGUCCUGUUGGGGAAACUUCUGAAGCAAUUGGAGUCAGGACUCAGAGAGACACGAGGAGAGCUGGAGCUUUGAUGGCAAACACUGAUGGUUUAUUUGGAGCUUCGGCCGGAGAAUUCACAAGAUAUGUCACGGGCCACGGUUUGACCACACGGUAGAGAUGCCACAAUCAAUUCUGAAGAACCCUCCUGUAGCUUGAGAUUUUAAGUAGUUCAGAGUGUAAUAAUCAACAUUCUUCAAUAGAUAGACUAAACAGCUGAGGACACUGAAUCACAUUUGUUGUCGCUUAUGGCUCGGGGUCAUCUACACACCGAGAAGGAUGUGUUCCAGGUGUCCCACAACAAUAACUAUCUCUGACAGAGAGUUGCCCGGUCAUAAACUGGCAACAUCAACAAUAUGCUAGGGCAGCCCCUCCUUAUGGGAGAUAACGGCUGCUCAAGGUUGGUCAGCUGCGUCAGAGGGCGAAGGAGGACAUGCAGGGCAAAUUAUUCCCCAACACAUCCCUGUUAGCUUGUCAGCUUAAUGUGGAUAUCAAAGUAGUUGUCCUGUGUACACUGAGACAGAUGGCGGCACCAGCUUCCUAAAAAAAAAAAGGGUAUGUCACAUUCGCUGCCAUGGACGCUGCUCUGUGUAAACUGCCUGUGGGCCCCUCUGUGUGAUGCGGCCUGUUUCACUGCAGCCUAAAGAAGGAGAGGGGUGAUCCAGGAAGACUACUGGGACAAGAGUCACUUUAUUAGAAGUUUAACUGUUGGUGCCUCCUUCUAUAGCGAGUUAAAUUGAAGUUAAGGCAUAAUCUUUGUCUCCAAUAUCUUUCUGUACUUACUGUUAUGUGUGUUCGCUACAAUAAUUGACAUGUCUGUUCAACAGCACCACGUUGAAGUUUGACGGAAGCCGCCCUCCCGCCUGAUGGAGCUUCUGGAAGAGUCUGCUUAAAGAGAACCAGGGAAAUGUUCUGCUUGAUUUGUGUUCAAAUGUGUCUGCUGUUCUGUUUGUACAUGAAUAUCUCUAUUCUCUAAAGGUAAGUACAUCUUGCCAUUAUGUGAAAAACCUCUUCAGUCUCCAGUUUUUAAGUUAACAUUUAGAUAAAGUACAUUGGAAUCUAAUUUUACUGUAUAAUAUUUAUAUAUAUUUUCAAACUUACUCAAUUUAAAUGUUUAAUAUUCUGAUUCAAAAUGGGUUUUUCAGGAGAAUUGAUAGUUUGAGCCUGUGUAACCCAAUUAUUUAAUCAGGUUUACUUCCUGUUUGGAACAAAGCGAACAUUUUAUAAACUGAACUUCCUUACUUGUAGUCAUACUUUGACCGUAACAAAUAAGAGUUAAUAUAAAUUCCCAUAUCCACACUGUAGCUACACUGUGCAUAUGAUAAUAAAGCCCUUAGAACCUUUUGAAGCUUACCCCAUCCCCUCUGCUUAAAAAGUAUGUAAAAUCAAUGGCUACUUAAAUACUAAAUUAAAUAGCUAGCUCAACCCAAUCAGUCUAAGUAAAUUCACAGAAAGGUUUACAGUAUUGUAUGUUAACACUGAUUUACAUGUUUUGACAGAAUGGAGGCAAAGUUAUCGUCGAAAAAGGACUAUGCUGAGUGUCGUGAAGCUCCAUGUCCUCCAUGAAGUUCAGCAAAAGAAGACGCCACACCUCCCAACGUGUCCAUCUCCAUCGAGGGAUCGGAGGGGCUUGAUGAGUGUAAAUGUUUGGUGAACGCCUGCCUUCUGCUCACGGGCAUCAUCCAUGCAAUGAACUUAAGUAACACACCAAAGUUGAAAUACGCUUCUGUCGUUUUCAAAAAUCUUUCUUGAAUUGAAUUUCCUCAAGAUUUCUCUUGGAAGUCCACAUUUUUGCAAAGCAGUGGUGAAAUUUUGAGGUACUUGAGAAUGUUCUUUUCGUUGCACUUUAUACUCCACUACAAAUCAAAAGGAAAUAUUGUACUUUGUGCUUCCCUAUGUUAUAUAAAGUUUAUAAAGUACAA